CUAUCAGCACUUCGUCUCGGGCUGCCUUUUGUACCGAGUUAUCUUGGGCAGAAUGGAAGAGUGGAAGGUAUGAUUCAGGGAUUGAAUUAUGCAUCAGCUGGUGCUGGAAUCAUAUUCACCAGUGGUUCGGAAUUGGGUCAACAUGUUUCCUUCACCCAGCAAGUUCAGCAGUUUACAGAUACCUACCAGCAGUUUAUAUUAAGUUUGGGCGAGCAAGCUGCUAUUGAUCUCAUCUCAAAUUCAGUGCUUUACAUUUCAAUUGGAAUCAAUGACUAUAUACAUUACUAUUUGCGUAAUGUAUCUAACGUGCAAAAUCUGUAUCUACCGUGGAGUUUCAAUCAGUUUUUAGCAUCUACAUUGAGGCAGGAAAUUAAGAACUUGUACAGCAUAAAUGUCAUGAAGGUGGUUGUGAUGGGGCUGGCACCUAUAGGCUGCGCUCCUCAC